GGGAGAGCGGCGUUGCCAUGGCGAAGCCGCUCCCGGCGCGGUACGCCCGUGAGAGGGACGGGCGGCUGGCGGGGGUGCCCGGCGUGGCCACGGCCCGCCCGGGGCACCGGCCGCAGCUGUACCGCUGGCGGCGCCUCACGGCCGGGGCCAGGCCGAAGAAAGCGGACCAAGCCUCUGAGUAUGCUGUCUCUGAAGCUUUUUCCCUUCAAAAGUCAAGGUAUCCACUGGGGCCUUGUGGUCCUGUGACAAGUUUGGAAACCGUGGAACAGCUGCAAGAUCAUGAUGAGGCCUGUGAGGAAGCCCAAGAGCUGCUCAGUAACUGGAUGAAGUCCAAACUGCAGCGGGAGCUGAUGAGCGAUGGAGAAGAGGAGGUUGACACUGUCCUCGUGGAAAAGCCUUCUGCAGUCCUUCUGAAGUAUGAGCGGUUUGAUGACUUGUGCAGCUAUCUGGAACAUGAACUGGAAAGUUCUUCUGUCCAAGAAUACCUACAGCAUCUUUUGCAGAGUGAAGUCGUGAACUGUGGGAUAGCGGAAGACCUUAGACUUGAAGACAUCAAGGAAAAACAAAAACUUGUAGAUCCACGAAUAAUCAUGGAGCUUAGACACAAGCAGGUGAAAGAAAACCGAAUGAGGCGUCAGAAGGCAUUAGAGCUUCAGAGACAAGAAAAGUCCCUGAAGAAAUCAGUUCUGUCUGAGGCUAAGCUCCAAGCACAGGAGGAGGACAGAAGGAAGGCCCUGAAGGCCAAGAAGGAGGAGGAGGAAAUCCAAAGGGAAAUGGUGAAGCUGCGAAAGGAAAUGGCUGAGAAGAGGCGUACCAUGGCAAAAGCAUGGAGAAUGGAGGGGAAGAGACAAGAAGAAAGUCAGAAGCUGUCAAUGCAGGAGGUAUCUAUUACUGCAUCACCGCCCCUGGUCCUGAAGGAAGAAGAGCAAGGAGAAGAGAAACAGAGAAGGGCUCAGGAGCUGCUGCGCAGGAUUCACACCAAUAAGCAGAGAUGCAUGCAACGACAUUUCUCUGCCUGGCUGAAGGUCACUCUGGAGCACAGAAUUAAAAUGGGAAAAGCCAGAGCCCUUGCUGACUGGAAAUGCCAACUGAAGGCCCUGCGAGCCUGGAGAAACUAUACUUGGGACCAGAAAGUAGAGCAGGAGAUACAGCAACUGGAAGUUCAUCUCCAAGAUCAAAACAGGAAAAAACAACUGUCUGCGGAGCAUAACCAGCGACGGCUUUUGCGCUGCUGCUUUCUGGCAUGGCAGCGCUGGAGCCAAGCAGAGACAGAAAAGCGAGAGCUGCAGAUCAAGAGGGAGGAGACGAAGAGAAAGAUGGCACAGCUGCUGGAGGCAGUGUCACUGGGGAAGAGUGGUCUGGACAGGCCACUGGAGGUUAACAAGCCUGGGACAGCAGCUGUAAACCAUCAUCAAGAUUUGCAGCAAGACCAGCCAACCAAAACUUGUCUCAUACAGAAAGAACCUGACCAGACCAGAGACCACUCUUGUUGGGAUGCUGCUCACACAUCUCAUUCCUACAGAAAACUCAAAUUUGCCUGGGAGAUUACUGUAAAACAUGCAGCCCUGAGUGCCCAGGAUGAGGUUGUGUACAGGAAUCAAAUAGUCUCUCUCCCCCAGCAGUUUCAGGCACCUGGUCCAAAGACAGCUCCUGCUUAUGGUAGCCAUUUUGAGCACCGUCAUGCCUUCCAGCAACAUCUGAUUGAGGAGCAGAGGCAGCAGCUUCAGAAACAGCGAGAGCUGAUCCUUGAACUGCAGGAAAAUCAGAGGCUGAGCAGAGCUAAAGAAGAGUCAGCACAAGCCACAGCUGUAACCCAGCCUCUUAACAACUCUGCUUCACAAACCAGGGAGGAAAAACUGAAGAGGGAAAAACAAUCCAGAUGCAAGAAUACAACCCGUUUGAGUCCACCUGUUUCUCAUGGGCCAGAAAACACAAGGGCAGCGAUGCAAGGCAGGAGGCCCUCCAGCCAGCUGACCUCAGCUCAUCCCAUACUGAAAGCUAUGGAGGAGAGAGCAACUCAGCGUGCAGAACGGAGAAGGAAACUAGAAGAAGCCAAACAACAAAGAGAAGAGGAAAAAUUGGCCCAGCUGAAGGCUGAAGAGGAAGAACGACGGAGGAAGGAAGCUAAGGAAAAGGAAGCUCAGCAGGAAAAACGACGGGAGGAGAGAAGGCAGCAGAAGCUGAAAGAGCUGGAGAAGCAGAGGAGGCUAGAGAAAGAGCAGCAGCUCCAGAAAAAGGCCAGAGAUCACUAUGAGAAGGUCCUGCUCAGAAAGCUGGGAAUGGUGCCAUGGAAAAGGCUGAGAGAGCAAGCCAAGGAAAACCUGGUGGUGGCACAAAGGCACCACUGCUUGGGGCUGCAGAGGAAAUGUCUGAUGACUUGGCUCCAGGACACCCAGGAGAGCCUCAUGGAGAGGGUGUCUCAGGCUGAGGACUUCUAUUCCCAUACGUUACUGAGACGGGGCUUCAAGAACUGGCUAAAGUACAAGGAUUAUCUCUCCACUCUGGAGGAGAAAGUGAGUACCCUCCAUGCAGCCUGCCUCAUGAGGAAGUACUUCUGGGCAUGGUUUGAUGUGAUCAUGGAGGAAAAAAGUACUUUAUGGGAGAAGCUGAAGAUUGCUACUGAACACAGUAACAAGAGACUCAUGCUGAAUGCAUUCAAGGCAUGGAAGCAGUACCCAUUCCUGAUGAAAAAGGAAAGAGAGAGAGAGGAAAGGAGAAACCAGCUACGUAGAAGAGUAGCUGAAAUUCUCCCCAACUUCCAAACGUGACAGAAGAGAGUCAAAGAUGACUGGGAGAGGAGACAAAAAGACUGGUUCUGUUCAGUGCUGUCUUCCUACUGACUGAAACAAAUCCAAGGGGAAGUCCUGUCCAGUGCAAAGGGUCUUACAGCCAAAGGAAGCUCCCUGGGGUCACUGCUGUCAUAAACUAAGCAUAUAUGGAAACUUAGCUGACGGUUUCACUUUGUACUUCAGGGGGUUAUUCCCCACAAGGUCCUCAUGUGAAGUCUCCGUAGGGGUGUCUUCGCUGGUGGCAGAGAGGCUAGGUAACCAAAGCCUAGCACACGGUGUGUUUCAGGCCAAGACCAUUUCCACACACAGAGCUGCAGCACUGACACGAAUCCUUCUCCAUCACAGGAAGCACAGAACUGAACUGCAUCUAUUUUUCCUUAAGCAGUAACCUGGUGCUUUUCUGUUGCCAGUACUCUGUAGGGUAACACAGCUUGAUCAGGGAGCAAAUAGACCUGACUGUCAGCUGACCCCCAACCACUACUGCGAACUUGGCCACCCAGAGAACAGUUUCUAGCUAACUGUGCCAGGGAAGUUUGGAUGGGAGGAGGAGAGGGAAGAGCUAUUUAUGCAAAUCAUAUUUGCUAAUGAUCCAGAUCACAGCAUCACAUAUGGACAAUCUAAAACCUGAAUUCUUUUUCAAGGGACUGCCUAGUUCACAGCACUGGCCAGCUCGCAAGCACAGUGCUUUGAUUUUGGUGGCAAGCAAUGAUUCCAAGUUUAUGAGCCACUAUCUUCUUGUCAUUUAAACAUUUUCCAAGCUGUUUAACUGUAGCAUUUAAGGAUGUAUUGUGCAAGUCUGUCUGGGCCUUUUCACUUGAUCCAGCACUUCAAAAAACCUAAAAAUCCAAGAAAAAAGCAGGCUCUAUUUUUACAUAAGUUAAAGCUGACAUGAUUAAAAUGAAAGUUUCUUAUCACUGUCCAACCUUUACCUGCAGCAUAGUGCAGACAGGGUAAUGCCAUAAUGUUCAGUAUGUCUUGUCUUAGCAACAGCAUAAGGCAGGAACCUGGAAUCACUUCCCCCUCACAACAAGAUAGGCAAAGUUCUCUCCGAAAGCAUUUGGCAGUACAGGGAGCACUUGGGUAAUGCCAGGAAGAAGAGUUUACUGUUUUUCCAUUGUAUCAGAUAAUUUUUAAAACCUGUAUAUGCACUGAAAGUUUCCAAUAAACCCAAACCUGAAAUGAACACAA